AUGGAUACUAUACUAGAACAGCAACGGAGUUAUCAUGAAGAAAGAGAACGUACUAUGGAUGCAAUGGUGAAAGAAAUUUUACACAAAAAGACUGGACAUCGGGAAACUAUUAAUGCUGAUCACCGUCUCAAAAAUCUACAUGAUAGGUAUAUCGAAUCUACAAUAAGACUGAAAGAAUUGUAUGAAGAUAAAGAUGGAUUGCGAAAAGAAGAAAUUGCCGCUCUAUCAGGGCCUAAUGAAUUUCAAGAAUUUUAUUCCCGGCUCAAACAAAUCAAAGAAUUUCAUAGAAAACAUCCUAAUGAGAUUUGUGUGCCAAUGUCAGUUGAGUUUGAAGAAAUUGCUAAACUUCGGGAAAAUCCUUCUGAAGAUUACUCAACACCAGUAGAAUUCACUGAUGAAGAAGGAUAUGGAAAAUAUUUGGACCUCCAUGAAUGUUAUGAAAAAUAUAUCAAUUUGAAGGGAAUAGAGAAAGUUGAUUAUAUAACAUACUUAAGCAUUUUUGAUCACUUAUUUGACAUUCCAAGAGAGCGUAAGAACAGUGAAUAUAGGAAUUAUAUAAGGGCUUUGCUUACAUAUUUGAAAGAUUUUGUGAAUAGAGUAAAACCUUUAUCAGACCAAGCGCAAGAAAUGGCCAUAGCGCAUCAGGAGUUCGUUAAACAGUGGGAAGCUGGAACUUUUCCUGGAUGGCCGAAAGAAACAGGUGGUGCACUAACUAAUGUAGGCGCACAUUUGGAUUUAUCUGCCUUUUCGUCAUGGGAGGAGUUAGCUUCCCUUGGUUUGGACAGAUUGAAAUCGGCUCUGAUGGCCCUUGGAUUGAAAUGUGGUGGCACUUUGGAAGAGAGAGCUCAAAGAUUAUUCAGCACAAAAGGUCAAACUGCUUUGGACAAAUCUCUCGUGGCAAAGAAAGGGGCCAACAAAGCCAAGGCUUCGACGCAACAACGUCAUAAAGAUAUUGCGGCAAUAGAAGCACAAGUCUAUAGAUUUGCAAACAUAGUGAGCAACACACGCGCAUCGACCAUAGAGAACGUGACGCGCAGAGCGGCGCGCGCGGCCGGCGAGCGCCGCGACGAGAGCGACGAGGAGAGUGACGCGUCCGUGACAGCGGACUUAGACUCGGACGACGACGACGUGCCGUACAACCCGAAGAACUUACCGUUGGGUUGGGAUGGAAAGCCGAUCCCUUACUGGCUAUACAAACUGCACGGUCUGAACAUAAGCUACUCGUGCGAGAUAUGCGGCAACUACACAUAUAAAGGGCCUAAGGCGUUUCAACGCCACUUUGCAGAAUGGCGUCACGCCCACGGCAUGCGAUGCCUGGGCAUACCCAAUACCGCCCAUUUUGCAAAUGUCACGCAGAUAGAGGACGCUCUCGCACUUUGGGAGAAAAUUAAAAAUCAGAAAGAAAGCGAAAGGUUCUUCGCAGAAAAUGAUGAAGAGUUUGAGGAUUCACAAGGAAAUGUUGUCAAUCGUAAAACUUUUGAAGACUUAAAACGUCAAGGUCUUCUU